AAAAAAAAAAACCCUGGAGGAAAAAGGUUGUAGGAGAAAGAAAAGAGGAAAGGAAGAAAGGUUUCUUGAUCCGACUAAUUGGAUAUUAAGAAUUAAGCUAAUCUAAAGAGUGACUUAUUUUCAAUGUCUAUAAGAAUGAUAAUACCUUACAUACCUUUUUUUUGUAAGGUAAGAUGAAUGAGCAUACUGAACCAAUAACAAUUACUUGAUUUUUUUUUUUGUUUUUUUUUUGUAGGUAAGAUGAAGGGUCAUAUCAAAGCGGAACCCGCACUAACCCGACCCAAGUUAGUGGGCUAGACAAUUUAAGAGAGUGGGGGAAAGACAAGGGAAUACCACCCCCUAAAUUGUCAUUACUCAUCAACGGGGAUUAAACCUCCAACCUAAUGAUUGGACGGUACCCUUCUUUCCACUAGACCAAGCCUUGUAACAUUACUUGUAUGAUACUCGUAUGCGUUAUUCAUCGUAUACUCCGUAAUUUUUUAAUGGCCCUGAGGCCCUCGUACAUAUUAAGUUUUCGAUAACAAUUAGAGUACAUCAUAAAAUCCACUUGUUCUGCCACAAAAUGUGCAGAGUCACCCACUUCCUCACACUACUCCUUCAUUGCCCUCUCAUGGUGGAAAACUACGCAAUUCCUCAACCGCCCAAAUUCCACUCAUAAAAAGGAUAAAUUCAUCCUCUAAUCUUCAGUAGUUGGUAAUUAUUCUUCAUAAUUGCACUUUUAUUCCAGUUUUUAGCUUCAAUUAUCUGUUUGCAUGUAAUGGGGAUCUGUUUAUAUGAUUGGUAAUUGUUGAAUUUUCUUUUCUGCAAUUUUUGGAGAAUUUUAAAGUAACUUUGUGUGAUUUGGAGGUACCCAAUUGAGAAUUGAUUUCAAUUUUAUUGGAGAAUAAAUGGGCUCUUUGCUUAAGAUUCAUACCAAGCUUGAACUAUGGAACCCUGUAAUUCAUGGGUUUUCUGAAAAAUGGUCUAAUUUGACUGUUUCAAAAGGAAAUCAGCAUUUUAAUAGAAAACCCCAUAAAAAUUGGUGCAAAACUGGGUUUGUUAGAGCAAGUAGUAGUACCCUUUUGGAGCUUGUCCCCGAGACUAAGAAGGAAAACCUUGAAUUUGAGUUGCCGUUGUAUGACACAUCAAAGGGCAUGGUGGUAGACCUAGCAGUUGUAGGAGGUGGCCCUGCUGGGCUUGCUGUUGCUCAGCAAGUUUCCGAGGCGGGUCUCUCGGUGUGCUCGAUUGAUCCAUGCCCAAGGUUGAUAUGGCCUAAUAACUAUGGUGUUUGGGUAGAUGAGUUUGAAGCCAUGGAUUUGCUUGAUUGCCUUGAUACUACUUGGUCGGGCGCUGUUGUUUACAUUGAUGAGGGUUUGAAGAAGAAUCUUGAUAGGCCGUAUGGAAGGGUAAAUAGAAAGCUGUUGAAGUCCAAAAUGAUGCAGAAAUGUAUAACAAAUGGGGUGAAAUUCCAUCAAGCGAAAGUUACAAAAGUCAUACAUGAAGAAUCUAAAUCUCUAAUUAUAUGCAAUGAUGGGGUAAGAAUUCAAGCUUCUGUGGUUUUGGAUGCAACAGGGUUUGCUCGAUGUCUUGUUGAGUAUGAUAAACCAUACAACCCUGGUUACCAAGUUGCUUAUGGCAUUUUGGCUGAAGUUGAAGGGCACCCUUUUGAUUUGGAUAAGAUGUUAUUCAUGGAUUGGAGAGAUUCGCACUUGGAUGGUAAUAAGGAAUUAAAAGAGAGAAAUAGCAAGAUUCCAACUUUCCUAUAUGCUAUGCCUUUUUCUUCUAACAGGAUAUUCUUGGAGGAAACCUCGCUUGUUGCUCGGCCUGGACUCCCUAUGGAAGACAUUCAACAAAGAAUGGAAGCUCGAUUAAGGCACCUUGGCAUAAGAGUGACGUGCAUUGAGGAGGAUGAACGUUGUGUGAUCCCUAUGGGCGGCCCUCUUCCUGUAAUCCCUCAAAGAGUUGUGGGAAUUGGUGGAACUGCUGGUAUGGUGCAUCCUUCUACUGGGUAUAUGGUAGCAAGGACUUUGGCAGCCGCUCCAAUCAUUGCCAAUGCAAUUGUUCAGUAUCUUGGGUCAGGAAGCAAUCAUGCUGGAAGUGAGCUGUCUGCAGGAGUGUGGAAAGACUUAUGGCCAAUAGAGAGGAGGCGGCAAAGGGAGUUCUUUUGCUUUGGCAUGGAUAUUCUGCUCAAACUUGAUUUGCCAGGCACAAGAAAGUUUUUUGAUGCAUUUUUCGAUCUUGAACCACGUUAUUGGCAUGGAUUCUUGUCUUCUCGGCUAUAUCUUCCAGAGCUUAUUUUUUUCGGAUUGUCUCUUUUUGCUCAUGCCUCUACCUCAUCUAGGCUAGAAAUAAUGACAAAAGGCACUCUUCCUUUAAUAAAUAUGGUCAACAACUUAGUUAAAGAUAGGGAUUAAUAUGUUUUAGGUAUUGUUAAGUCUUCCAUGAUUAUACACCUACAGGUUGCUUGUAGACGUAUAAUAUGAAUUGUGUAUUACUUUCAAUGCUCUCUUCUGGAUGUAUAGCCUUCUUGAUACAUGUAUGCCUUUUGUGAAGUUUUCAAGUUAUUUGUUUGUUAUGUUGUUC